AUGUCUAAUAAACAUAAUUUGCCUGAUUUGCUGAGAAAUAAUGCAGCAUGCUCAGUGCUGGCAGUUAUUGCAGGAAUCCAAUUUGAAUGUUUAGUAAGGGUUCUCCACAGAAUUGGUAAAAGCAAACAAGACACUCUUUUUAAUAUACUAUGCCACAUCUUGAAGCUAAAAAUGAGACAGUGUGAAAUAUGCAAGAAUGCAGAAAAUGUACUGAAUAAUCAUGAUUGCGACAACAGCUUCAAAAAACUUUCAGAAAUUCAUAUUAGUGAAGGGGCUUAUACUAAACUUUGCAUUAAGGAAACAAUUCUGAAUAAAUCAUGUGUUACCGAUAACAAUAUUUUAAAAUUUUUGACUUACACAUUUUUCUGUGACCUGAAAGUUCUUUUAAUUAAAACUAAGUCAAAAGAGAUUCCUUUAAAUAAACAUAAGGUCAGUGGUAUUGCAACAGAUAAAGAUUUAGCGCAAAUGGUUAAGAAAUUUUUCAGUGACUUAAAAGACUUCUCUAUAGUUACAGAGUCAAAAGAGACCCAGUUAAGGGUACAUGAAGAUAAAAAGCCUAAAUUGAAAUCAGUAGAAUUAAAUGGUAGCAGUUCAAUUACAGAUGUUGGAGAGUGUGUAAAAUCAAAACCAGUGUCAUACAAAACAGAACAACAAAAUGACUCCAGAAAUACUGACGGUGAAUCACAACUGUUAGAUUUGUGGGUAAAACAGAAGCAGAUACCUACCACAGCACCAGUUUACCAUGUGUACAUGACACAGGUAAAGUCACAUCCACAAACAGUGAAUGGUAUUCCUUGGAACCUACUGAAUGCAGAACAGUUCAGGCUAGUCACAUUUGCACAGUAUCCUCACACUGCUAAAAAGUCUGCUAUUUUGCUAGCAAAUGAAGGAUUUGCUUACUGUGGGUCAGGUAGAGAUGAAGAUGAUACAGUUAUUUGUUAUUUUUGCUGUGCACUAAAACAAGGUUGGCAUGAAUCAGAAGAUAUUCAGGCAGCUCACAGAAUUCUGUCGCCGGAUUGUUGUAUGGUAACUGGCGCAAAUUGUAACAAUAUUCCAAUGACAUUACCUGUGAAUGGAGAAUCACUUUUUACUAGGUUUUACAGUCCAGAUGUUGCAAAUGAAAACACAACACAAAGUGCAAGAUAUAAGAGGAAAAAUGAAUUAGAAUGUGAUGGUUCUGAGGGUAGCACUCUGGCAGAAAAUAGGAAUAACGUGGCAGCACAAGCUUCUCAAGCUAGCAGAGAUAUUGGAUCUGUUCCUGUCUCUGAAUUGUCUAAAUCAGUGAACCAAACAGAUGUGCGGCCUGGUGCCUCAAACACACCUAUGAAUCUAGAAUCAACAAGACCCAAUGCCGCUCAUAACCAUCCUGUAAACAGUGGUGCCCCAUCACAUAACGUCAGUUCAAACAGUAGUUUAGUAAGCCCGUCAAGUGCCUCUGUAAUUCCAAACGGAACUCCAGCAGUAUCUGCUCAGCUGGGAAGCGUUAACAAUGUGUCAUCUACAGAAACAGCAGCAGCAUCCAGUAGGCAAGCGACAGCAGUUCAAACUCCAGGAUCAGAUAGGCAACCUACGAUACAGCAGACGACUGCAACAUCCCCAUCACAUGUUAACCAAAGCCCUCAGAAUUCGGCUUCUGUCGGAGGGACAACGACAUCUACAAACCAAAGCACUCAGAAUUCAGCUUCUGCUGGAGGGACGACAUCUACAAACCAAAGUGCCAGCCAGCCCCAGGGAAAUUCAUCAGAGUCUGCAACAGGUAAUGCUCAGAAUAAAGCACCAACAUAUGGAGACCUGGGUAUCAUCACCGAAAGACCUAAAAGAUUUGAAUAUGCUGUAACAGCCACUCGUUUUGCAUCCUUUGAACACUGGCCUAGAGAUCACCCUUUGAAAAAAGAGGAUUUGGCAGAGGCGGGAUUUUAUUAUGCAGGUUAUGGCGACUGUGCACGCUGCUUCUACUGUGGUGGUGGCCUGAGAAACUGGGAAGAUGAUGAUAAUGUGUGGGUGGAGCAUGCCAGGUGGUUUCCAAAAUGUGCCUACAUCCGACAAACAGUAGGACAACAGUUUGUGGAUACAGUGCAGGAGCUUAACAAACACAAUGACAAGAUUACAUAUAAGAUGGUGACGGAUAAAAUGGGCAGCUCCGCAGCAUCCUUUCAGCUAGAUACCAGGAGCAUGCCUUUGAAACGAGACCCGGCAGUUUUGACUGUUCUGGAGAUGGGUUACUGUGAAAAAGAUGUAAUUGAAGCUGCAAAAUAUGUCAAGGACACCUAUGGCACCCUAUCUUCAGAUAAAGUGUUUGAAAAGUUAGAGAUGGACGGAAAGUCCAGAAGUGGUGCUGAUCCUUUGGCUUCACCCAGUGGGAGCAGCAAGCGUGGCACAAAUCCAGCAAAGGAUGAGCAGGUGAUGAACAAACUGAAAGAAGAAAAUAGCCAGCUUCGUCAGCAAACAGUUUGUAAAAUUUGCAUGGACAAGGAAGUGGCUGUAGUAUUUCUUCCAUGUGGCCAUUUUGUUUCAUGUACAGAUUGUGCUGCAGCCAUGAAGGACUGUCCAGUGUGCAGGAAACAGGUCCGUGGAAUUGUGCGUGCUUUCAUGGGUUAA